GGGCGCGCACCGGGCUCCGCUCAGGCUCGGGUCUGUAGGUGGACAUCUCUGCUGCCCAGGAGUCACUGAGCGUGUGGACAGGACAGCCUCCCCAGAAGACCGGCUCUACCAGAGUCCCGCCUCGGCAUGGGCCUUGCCAUUGAGUCAGCCCCGCUUCUGGCUCCGCUGUCUGUGCUGGUCUGAGGGAGCUGCCCAUCAUGGGGGCAGCCAUAUCCCAAGGCGCCCUCAUCGCCAUCGUCUGCAACGGCCUGGUAGGCUUCUUGCUACUGCUCCUCUGGGUCAUUCUCUGCUGGGCCUGCCACUCCCGCUCUGCCGACAUCGACUCGCUCUCUGAAUCCAGUCCCAACUCCAGCCCUGGUCCCUGCCCCGAGAAGGCACCCCCGCCCCAGAAACCCAGCCAUGAAGGCAGCUACCUACUGCAGCCCUGAAGGCCCCUGGCCUCGCCUGGAGUCUGGGACCUAAUCCACCUCACCCAGAGCCUGGAAUCAGGAUCCCAGGAUCCAGCCAGCCUGGGGUCCAGAACUCAGAGUCCAGCCUGUCUGGAGCUGGACCUAGCAACCCAGAGUCUAGCCAGCCUGGCUCUAAGAGGGGCUCUGGUGGCCGUGGGUAAACAGGCCCAGGGUGGGGGUUCAUGAGUUGGUGCUAGGGCCUGGGCCAUCUGGACUCUGCUCCAUCUCAAGGGCCAGGGGCUGGGUCCACUCUCCCCUUAGGCCUAGCGCCUCUAGGCCCUCUCGGUUGGGAAAGCAAACUGGAAUCCUUGGCAAUAAUGGGAGGGCGUCCAGGCUGGGCCCCUCCUCUGGUCCUCCCACUGUUUGCUGGAUAAUAAACGGAACCAUGGUUCUACCCUGA